AUGGCUUUGACCGAAAAAGGCGAAAACAAAGCAUCGCGCCAAUGCUGGGAUUGCUUAAAACGGCGGCUAGUGUGUGAUCGGACGCUGCCGCACUGCAGAAAGUGCCACAAGGCUGGCCGCCAGUGCUCGGCCUACGACGAUGCAAAGCCGCUGCAGUGGGUCCAGACGGGCAUGGUGACUUCAAGACGGAGGAAGAAGAAGCAGCAGGACGAUAGCAUGCCAAAAAUACUGCGAUCUAAGCGCGAGCCGCUUCAACGCCUGAAGCGCCUAGUCGUGCUGCUGCAGACGCAAAAUGUACCGAUGUACGAGUACCUCGCAAACGAGACGUGUGACGUGGUUCAAGCCGUCCAAUACUAUAAUCAUAGAAUCCAUGCCCAGUACAAGGCGUCCGGGGAACUGGCUCCCAACCCGGCGAUUAUCGUAUUCCCUCCACAGGCACUGCAUCUUCUCACGCCGGCAAUCCACCACACGCUGGUCUGUAUAUCGCUCAACCACUAUCUCCACUCGCAGUCCAUUGGUGCAGAUCGCGCGGCGGCAAGCAUCAACCGGUCGAAGAUUUACCACCACCGAGGCGAAGCGCUACGAGCACUGAGCCAGUACAUUGGCCAGGACAAGACACGAUGCUCGGACAUGACGAUUACCAGUAUCCUAAUGUUCAUGUGCCUGGAGCUCCAGAAUCCCACGUUUACAGAUUGGCGGUCCCAUGUCAACGGCAUGAAGCGACUAAUUGACCUUCGGGGCGGGCCGAAGCAGCUAAUCCACGACGCGCCGCAUCUAGUGGCCUCGCUAGUACUCUACCUACUCAUCAUCUCCAUUGCGAACACGUGCAGCCCGCCGUGGGACCAAGUCGACAUGACGGGCGUAAACGACACCAUCAUCGACGAUGUCAGCAGCAUGUAUGACCUCAUCUUCCCGUAUACGCUGUGUCCGCGGGAGCUCUUCGUCGAGAUCCUGCAGAUCAACCAGCUGCGCACAAAGGCGUCGGCGGCCAUGCUGCUGUUUGACAUUGACCCUGUGCAUGCGCUCGAGGCGCAGGAUCUGGUGGUCCGCAUCGAGGCAUUCUCGCCAGAGGCGUGGGCACAGGCGGGGACGCUGUAUUCGGAGUGGCUGAUGGUCGGCAGCAUCUACAAGGCGGCCGUGUCACUGUACUGCACCUUGUCGCUGCAGUCUCUCACCAUCCUGCCGCCGACCGUGUCGCUGCAUAGGAGCCAGACGGGGAAGGGGGAUCUCCUCCUGAGCAGCGUGCGGUGCGCGCUCCAGACGCCCAGGAUAGCGAGACAUAUGGUGUGGCCGCUGGUGGUGGCGGGCGUAGAGGCUAUCCACCGCAGCGAGGCGACCAAGAGGUGGAUUGAGGCCAGUCUGCAGGAUCUCAGUCGGCUGCUGGGGACGAGCUGCCCGUUGAAAGCAUGCGCGGUGCUCAAGCGGUAUUGGAAGGGCGGGGUAGCGGGGUGGGACGAGUGUUUUGACAGGGCUUAUGUGUUUAUUAUCUAG